CUGUUACGUAGCAGUACUUCUGUUUUGAUCAUUAUUUGUUUUCGUUUCGAACAAGCAGUUAGUAUUUAUCUUACAGAGUUUGAGUAGUGCGAAAAAAUCAUAAAUCAAUUUGCAGUGAAUUUGAGACGAACGGAACGCGUCACGAUGGCGUUGGCCGCGAAUCGCAAUACCAUGACUCCAUUACUAGCGCUCCUACAAUUGAUACUGUGCAUUACUUUCUCGUCAUCCGAAGCCGCGUCGACGGGUUCGUCGAGUUCAAAAAGUACCGCUGUUCUCCGAACGUCAGUUAUGCAUCCCGCGUUUGAAUCUGCCGGCAAAUCGGCUGGACUUAAGAUUUGGAGGAUCGAGAACUUCGAACCUGUACCUUAUCCGGUGAAGGACUAUGGAAAAUUUUACACAGGAGAUUCUUACAUUGUUUUAAACUCGAAAGAAGAUAAAAGCAAAAACAAGAAAUUCACAUCUGAUAUUUACUAUUGGUCGGGUAGUUCUUCGUCACAAGAUGAAGUUGGCGCUGCAGCAAUUCUUUCUAUUCAAUUGGAUGAUGCUCUUGGUGGAGAUCCGGUACAACACAAAGAAACUCAAGACCACGAAAGUCAAGCUUUCCUAGCACUUUUUACACCUUCCAUUCGUUAUCUACCUGGGGGUGUAGCUUCCGGAUUUAAUCAUGCGGAAAUUAAUGCCGGAGGGGAAAAGAAACUGUACCAGAUCAAGGGCAAAAAAAAUAUUCGAGUGAGACAAGUUGAACCAAAAGUAACGUCUAUGAACGAAGGUGACUGUUUCAUUUUGGACACUGGUAAAGAAAUCUUUGUGUAUGUCGGACCAAAAGCCAAAGGAACUGAACGUUUGAAGGCUAUAAACGUUGCCAAUCAAGUUAGAGAUCAGGAUCAUUCUGGAAGAGUUAAAGUAAACAUAGUCGAUGGAUCAAGUACUCCAGAAGAAUUUGAAAAAUUCUUUAAAGAAUUGGGCUCUGGAUCCGCCAAACAAGUCCCACCAGCUGUUGACGACGAUCAAGAAUUCGAAAAGAAAGAAGCAGCAACACCAGUUUUAUACAAAAUAUCAGACGCUCAAGGAGGAAAAAUUACUACCGAAAAAAUUGAUCAAAAACCACUUGUUCAGACACAUUUGAAAACUGAUGAUUGCUUCAUUUUGGAUACAGUUUCAUCAGGAAUAUAUGUUUGGAUCGGUAAAAAGGGAACGACUCAAGAAAAAGUCGAAUCUCUUAAGCGCGCCCAAGUUUUCAUUAAAGAAAAUAAUUAUCCGGCUUGGACAAGAGUAAUCCGGGUUAUCGAAGGAGGUGAGCCAACAGCCUUCAAACAGUACUUUGAUGGAUGGAAAGACGGAAAUGGUAGCCGUUUGUAAUAGUUUAGCCACAAAAAAUAAAAAUAAAUGUUUUGCAUAAACUAUUAUAAUUUU